AUGAUGUCAAACGUUACUUAUGAUGAUCAUGAUCCAUUAGCAGAUAACCCUUUUGCUGAACAUUCUAGCGCUGUGACAGAACCUAGUCAUAUACAUCCUCCAGAUGACGACGAGGAAGAAGAACAACAACAACAACAACAACAAGCAACCACUACUACAUAUGAUGUUAAUUCAAACGAAACCCAAUCAUACACCUCACAAGAGGCAAUUCCACCAGUGGACACACCUCCAGUGGAUACGUCUCCAGUGGAUACGCCUCCAGAUCAAGGUACAGAACGUACCAUUGAUAUAGCGAAAUUACUUCCAGAACGUAAAAAUGUAGGAAAAUAUACCCUAAUUGUUAAAGUCACUGGGUUAGAAAGAGUUGGAUCGAUAUCGAAUAAGAAAGAAAAUCCAACCCUAAUAUUUGAUUGUUCAACAAAUAUACCCACUUUCCGUAAAGAAAAACAUAAAAAUUUAAGAAAAUCUACCCAGGAGUUUCAAAAUUUAUUUAAAUUCUUGAAUAAUAGUAUCCCUGAAUCCUUUAUCCCUUCGUUACCUGCCCCUUACACGAAUUAUGGGAUAAACAAUGAAGAAGAUCAUGAUAGUACAGUUAGCAACUACCAACAAUGGUUUAAUAGAAUAUGUAUAGAUCCUUUAGUUUUAAGAAGUGAGGAAUUAGCCUUUUUCAUCGAGAGUGAUUAUAAUUCAUAUAUUCCAAUCAACAAACCAACAACACAAGUAAGUGGUCUAAAGAGGAAAACGUUGAAGCAACUGGCUCCACCUUAUGAUGAAGUAAUAGAAUUAGCUGAGUUUAGACCUAUGGUGAAAUCUUUAUAUGUUGGAAUUCAAACUGUUCAAGAAAAAUUACUAAAGGCAAGUAAAUCAAGAAGAUUAUUAGUUCAAGAAGAAAAUGAAUUUGGUCAAAAAUUCGGUAUUUUAAGUGGUAAUAAUGAAAAUGAGGAGAGACUUUAUAAAAGAUAUGGUAAGGUGAUGACCGCUGUAGGCGAUAUAAAUAGUAUAAUAGCCACCAUGGAUAUGGCAACUUUAUACGAUGGCCUUGAAUGGAUUGUUAAAGACACAUAUGUUGUUAAAGAAGCAUUAACAAACCGACAUUUUGUCAUGAGAGAUUUGGUUCAAGCUCAACAAAGUUGUAAGAAUAAACAAGAAACUGUUCGGAAAUUAAGAAGCAAAAGAGAUACUGAUCCAAUUAAAGCGGAUAAUGCAUUACGUGGUUUAAAGAUAGUCACUACAACAGAACAAAACUUGACAUUAAAAUUACAACGAAUUACUGGUAAUAUGUUAAUUGAAAGGAAACAAUGGAUUACAUGGUAUGAACAAUGGUUAGCCAAAUCAAUCAAAUCAUAUACAUUAAGACGAAUCGAAUAUGAAAGGAAGAAACUUUCAUUAUUGGAAAGAGUCCGUUCAGAAGUCCGAAGAGCAGAUAUGAAAGGUGGUCUCUCACGUCUUGGGAGACACACAGUAUCCCACAAACAUGAUGAAAUAUCGCAAAGCACAGGAGGUGAUAGCUGGACAGGUGAAGUUCGCCACCAUAGUCAACAAGAAAUCAAUGAUGUAUCGCACACAGAGUUUGACAAGUCACUAACGAUCGAAAGCAAUGCAUUACCUGGUGCAAAGACUGGGCCAGGUGAAGAAUCGUCAACGAGGGAUUCAAACAUGCUAGAUGCUAAAAGCGCAGCCCACAUGUUAGGUAUCUCGACGUAUAAUGGAAGAUGA